CUUAUCUGGAUAUCCUCUUCCAUCUCUCUCUCUCUCUCUCUCUCUCUCUCUCUCUCGAUACACACAUACACACACCUUAUCUACAUACAUAAAUAUAUUUUUGAAGUCUCAUGAUUCUCUAGGGUUUAUGUUAUUCAGAUAAUAUAUUGUACUAAUGUUUCAAUUUUAAUGUUUUACCACUUAAUCCAUGGUAGUUGGUGAAUCUAUUUUAUGCUCUUAAUUUUUCUUAAACCAGUACAAUGUUGAUUUUAGAGGAACUAAGGCAAUAAUAUGAUGAAUAUUAUCUUCUCCCAAGUUCGAUGAAGAAAGAUGCUUUUUUGAAUACAUUUGAUUCACCUAGCAGAAAAACAACACAGUUGAUUCAAAAUCAGAUGGAUUUGUUUGGAUCAGUGUUUCUAAUACUGAUAUAAUUGGACACUGGCCCUUUCUUUUUGCUCCAUCACUUUCUUCCUCUUCUAGGUUCUAUCCUAUUCCACUUACAUGAAUAAUAAUGCUUAGAUAAUGCCUUUUUUUAAUUUAUCAGGCCUGUGAUAGGAUGCAAUAAGGAAAUAUUAUAAUGAAGGUCAUGUUGUUAUGACAUGGUAGCUUAUGAGUUAUUGGUUUUGAAUUUACAUAGGUUAAGAUGACUUUCCUGCAUCUGCAGCUUGAAAUUUGAAAUUUGUAUUGAUUGUUUAACUCUCUGACCCAUGAGUGUGAAGAAAUUCUAUUUAAGAGCUCGUGAAAGAACAUCAAUGGUAUCUGGUUUCUCUUAAAUGAUCAUACUUGUUUUAACAGAUACUAGUACAUUUACCCUUUGAUGUUGACAAUUUUCAUUAUUUCUAUUAGAACAGAGAUUAUCACUUAUUUAUUGACUUAUUUGAUCUGAGGAAGGGUAUUUCUAUUUGCUGUUUUGGUUCUGUAUAAACGAAUGUAUUUGUCUCAGUUAAGGUAAUUAGAAUUUGAAUUCCUGCAAUAAUGGUAACAUAUGAGCUGAGAUUAAUUGCUAUAAUGCACAGGUUAAGUUUCUCUUUUGGGCCUAAUUGAUUGGAACACAGUUGAAGUUGAACUAUGCACAAAGGGGGCCAGGGGGAUUUACUCUAGAAUGGAUUACACAUGAAAUAUGACAUUUUUGUGAAUGUGUGAUGUCUAUGUUGGACACAAGCUCUCGUUGACACACCCUCAAAUGUGUUAGACACUCAUUCAAACAUUUUUUACUAUUCUUUGCAUCUUUCUUGGAACUGAAGAUGCCUUAAAAAUUCAACUUCUGUUCUUCAUUUAUUGAUGUGAGAAUAUUGCAGCUAAUGGUUAAAAUCAACAUAUUGUGGUUUGAUGCCUUUCAGUCCCUCUAAACAUUGAACAUUUAAUGCUUGGGAACUGAAAGGCUAGAAGUUCCCAUGUUAUUUGGAAAUAAGAUUUUUCCAAAUGGCCAAUCAUGAUGCUUUUAUAACCUUACUGUAACAUAAGGGUUUUCUUUUUUCUUUGUUUUUUUUUUGCCCCCUCGCAGGGGGGGGGGGCGCACAAUUUAUGAUGUGUGGAGAAAUGAUUCCAACUAUGAAAACAUAUUGUUGUGCCAGUGUGUCCAGGUGCCAUCCUAUCCUGUCCAAUUUCAGAAUACAUGCUUCUUAGUUUAGAAACUGAUAGUUGGCACUGUGAUUCUGCCAGCUUAUGUAUACAUCACAUCUAGGUAAAGAUUUUCUGAUUGUCCUGGUUAGAGCCAUAAUGGAUUUUACUUCUUGGGCUUGGUCAGGGUUUAAGGCUUUGUCAUGUUAAGUCAUUUACUAUGCCUGGACAUUCUCAACUUCAGAUACCCUAUGGAAGGUUAAAUUUUGAAAAAGGCGGGAUAAAAGUCCUUUUGUGGUUUAUGGAGACAACUGAACCUUUUUUUUCUUCCACUGUUGGAAUUGAGCUAUCUCAGCCUUAAUGUCUAAAAAGUAAUUUUAUAAAUUGUCACGACCCUAGGGGUUAGCUAGGGUCUAGAAAGGAAAUUGGAAGAAUUCGGAAGAGAAACAGAGAAGAAUUGGAGGGAGAGACAGCACAGAAAUCAAGAGAAAAGAGGGAAAACAAGGAAGAACGAGAGAGAGAAAGUAAGGGGGGAAAAUAUGAAUUCACUAUAUCAUUUCAACAUAUAUUUCUCUACAUACUAGGGCCUAUUUAUAGGCUGUUCAACUGGAAGUAGAGUCUAGGAAUAACACCCAGGUGCACUACAACCAGAGUUAUUAAAGGCGCGCCUAGGCGCACGCCUAGGCUCAAGGUGCACCAAGGUGCACCUUGGGCACCUGAAAGCCUUCCAGGCGGACGCAGACCAAAAGGCGCGCCUCAAGUGCGCCUCAGCCCAAGGUGCGCGCCUUGGGCUUUUUAGCUAUUUUUCAAGUUUUUUAUUUCACUGUUUGUUACUUUAUUUAAUUUUUUACUGUUGAGGGUUUAAAUUUAUUGCUUCAACUACAAAUUUGACAAUAAAUAAAAUGGCUACUACUUCAAAUGCUCCAAUUGAAUUUGAUCUAGAUAAAGAUGGAUAGGGAGAAUUGAACAAAUUCAAGGCAUGUAAUAACAAAAUGCAAUAUUAAGUCACUAAAACAAAGAAAGAUGCAAAUUCAAGUCUAGUAUAUUACCUACCAAAAAAAUGUAUGAAACUAUCAUCACACUUUUAAACCAUAGAAAUCAUCCAACAAGAGGAGUAGAUGAUGUGGAAGAAGAUAUUAGAGAUGAUGCUUCUAAUGAUGAAAAUAUAGAAAUGUUUGGUCUUUAGAGUGGUUUUUUUUAUAACAUGCUUGUUAAAAUAUUAUUAGAAGUUAUGAUCUAUUUUAUGCCUUUUUCUUCAACUAUAUUUUUAUUUUUUUAUUAACUUGCGCCUAGUUCCACCAGGCUCGCGCCUCGCCUUGCGCCUCAGGCUCCAAGACCCUUGUGCGCCUUAGUGCGCCUUGCGCCUUUAAUAACACUGACUACAACAGAACUAACACCAUUUCCUAACCAACAAUGUAACUAAUUACUGCUUUGCCCCUAUAAUACCCCAAGGGUCGUGACAUAAAUCAGGUGUUGCCUCAUUUUGUAAUCCUGUACUCUGCUUUUAUUUGUAGGAUAACAGCUUUCAACUGAAAGGCAUUUCAGAGAGCAGAUUCAACCAAACUUUAAGUAUGCUAUUGCAUGUCGAUUCCUGCCAUCACCUACAAAUCUCCCUGCUGAAUGCAUGUGGUGUACACAUGAGCUCAUUAAGUUAGAACAAAAAAAAAAAAAAAAAAAUAUGAAUUCCUUUUCCUGAUGAUUAUUGAAUAUGAAGAUUAGCUUACUAGUCAGGUUUCCUAAAAAAUCUUAGUUUACAAUGUGCGAGAAAGAUUUUGUAAGAACCAAAUAAGGAAAUAAGCAAGUUCCAUCAACUCCUCUUGUAACUAGCCAUAGAUGUGGAUCUUACUUGACCUUGCUCUUAUUGUCUCUACUAGCCCAAAAAGUUUAUGCUCACAUAUUUUUGGCUAAGAUUGCCAUCACAUUCCUAUCUUAAUUAUGGUAUCUUUCCUAGUUAACUUAUCAUAAGCAAUGUUUAUUAAUUGAAUUUAGUGUACUUUUUAUUGAUUCAAGACUUUGGUUUUGACAUAAUCAUUAGUUUAGUCACUUCUAUUAUCCGAACUUAUGCAGUGGCUUUUUAAUUCUUUGGUAUAGUGUUGAAUGUACUCUAAAAUUUUAUGGUUUUCAAUGUCAAUUAUAAAUUUAAACUAGCAUGACCUAAACCUAUAAAGCAUUUUUAGUUCCACAACUCAUAAUUUAUGCUUGUGGUAUGUUUAUUCAUGUUCCAGGGGGGAAAAAAAAAGUAGAAUCUUUUUGGAUCUGCUGCUUAUUCGAAGAUAUGGUACGGGGAAGAGAUGCCUGUUGGGAACAUUGUGUCCUUGUUGAUGCAACAAGGCAAAAGGUAAAGUGCAAUUAUUGUCAGCGAGAGUUCAGUGGAGGAGUUUAUAGGAUGAAGUUUCAUUUAGCUCAAAUCAGAAACAAAGACAUAGUUCCCUGUGCGGAAGUCCCAGAUGAUGUGCGGGACCAGAUUCAGUCAUUAUUGAACACCCCCAAGAAGCAGAAAACCCCUAAGAAACAAAAGGUGGAUCCGGCAGCUAAUGUUCAGCAAAAUAGUUCCUCUGCUAGUGGUGGCAUCCAUCAGAACCAUGGAUCCAGUGGGCAGCAUGGUAGCACUUGUCCGUCAUUGUUAUUCCCCCAUCCAUCCCCAAGUGCACAGCCAGCUUCAGAUGCUGGUGAAAAGCAGAAACAAGAUGAGGCGGAUAAGAAGAUUGCUGUAUUUUUCUUUCAUAACUUCAUUCCUUUUAGUGCUGCUAAAUCCAUGUACUAUCAGGAAAUGGUGGAUGCUGUUGCAGAGUGUGGGGUGGGCUAUAAAGCACCCAGUUACGAAAAGUUGAGGUCCACGCUCUUGGAAAAAGUGAAAGGGGACAUAAAUGGGUGUUACAAGCGAUUGAGAAAUGAAUGGAAGGAAACAGGUUGCACAAUCUUAUGUGAUUGCUGGUCUGAUGGGCAAGACAAAUCACUUGUGGUGUUUUCUGCUGCAUGCCCUAAAGGUACAUUAUUCCUGAAGUCAGUUGAUGUGUCUGGCCAUGCAGAUGAUGCUCAUUACUUGUUUGAGUUGCUUGAGUCAGUUGUUUUGGAAGUUGGCAUAGAAAAUGUUGUUCAAGUUAUAACAGACAGCACCGCUAGCUACGUCUAUGCUGGAAGUCUUCUUAUGACUAAGUACUCUUCAAUAUUCUGGUCUCCUUGUGCCUCACAUUGUAUUAAUAAGAUCUUGGAAGAUUUCAGCAAACUAGAGUGGGUGAGUAUGAUAUUAGAAGAGGCAACUACCAUCACAAGAUACCUAUAUAGUCAUGUGGGAAUGCUGAAUAUGAUGAAGAAGUUCACAGGUGGAAGGGAAUUGAUUAGACCUAAAAUCACUAAAUUUAUUGCUCAUUUCCUCUCCCUGAGGUCUAUUGUGACUCAGGAGGAUAAUUUGAAACACAUGUUUUCUCAUACAGACUGGGUAUCCUCAUUUGGUAGGCGUCAUGAUGCCCAAGCUAUUAAGUCCUGGUUGUACACAGAAAGAUUUUGGAAGUGUGCACGUGAAGCUGUAAGUGUUACAGAUCCGCUAGUUAAAAUCCUGAGGAUUGUAGAUGGCGACAUGCCUGCCAUGGGCUAUAUAUUUGAGGGAAUGGAGAGGGCAAAGGUCAUGAUCAAGGCAUUCUAUAAGGGUGUUGAAGAAAAAUACGUUCCAAUUUGGGAUAUAAUUGAUAGGAGAUGGAAUAUGCAGCUUCACUCACCACUACAUGCAGCAGCAGCCUUCCUGAAUCCUUCUGUUUUCUACAAAUUAAACUUCAAAGUUGAUACAAGAAUAAGGAAUGGAUUUCAAGAAGCCAUGAUGAAAAUGGCUACAGAGGACAAGGACAAAAGAGAAAUAACCAAAGAGCAUCCAGUAUACAUAAAUGCUCAAGGUGCUCUGGGAACUGAUUUUGCAAUCAUGGGAAGGACACUGAACACUCCAUGUGAUUGGUGGGCUGGUUACGGUUAUGAAAUCCCAACACUACAGAGGGCUGCUAUGAGGAUACUAAGUCAACCUUGUGCUUCUCACUGGUGUAGAUGGAACUGGAGCACCUUCGAGAGUAUGCAUGGGAAGAAAUGCGACACUUUGUUGCUGGAUAGAUAUAGUGAUCUUGUUUUUGUGCACUGCAAUCUCUGGUUACAGUCGAUUGUUAAUGGUAGGGGUGGGAAAUGUAAGCCAGUUGAUUACGAUGAAAUAGAUGUUAGUGCCGAGUGGCCAUCUGAAUCUGAAUCUUCGCCUUCUCUUUUGGAUGAUUCUUGGUUGGAUAAUCCACUCUUUGAGUGAAGAGGUAGUCCUUAAACUUGUGAUGAGUUAAAUAGGAAAAGGGAAGAGAAUAGAAAUCCUGUUGUUCAAUAUUUGAUUUUAUAUGGAACUACAGUUAAGUUUUAGGUUUGUAAAUUAUUAUGAAUGUGGAUUUUGUUUUAGGACCUUACAUGCAUGCUGCAUUCCUGUUACCCAUUUCAUAUGUUGACUCUAUUCAUUUAUGAA